CACAUACCAACAACAGGGUCUGUCUGAGUUGUCUGUUUUGUGAGAGGCACACAAUACCCGAAACAAGCAUAGAGACCACUGGGGAACAGAAAUAGGUUGUGGAGAGAACGGUGGGGCAUCCUCUUUUUCUACAUUUUCUCAGUGCAUGUGACCGGGGCCAGCCAUGAGUAAACAGGCAACUCUGGCCUCCUGUAUUGCCAAGUUGUAUGAAGGAGGCAGGCUGGAGAACUCUGGAACUCCAUCUGGGACGGUCAAGAAGACGAGUCCAACUCUGAUAGGUAGCCUGAGCAAUGUGGAGGUCAAGUUACAUGCCCUGGAAGGGAAGGUGGAACAGAUCAAACAUACCCAGACAGAGGUCCUUCACAAGCUGAGUUCAUUGUGCCAAGGAAUGGAGGCGCUAGAAAGGAGCCUUAUACAGCACAAGCAGGGUGCUCAAGAGGCAAAUGUGAUUAAAAAUGGUCAGCGAGAGAGCAACAAUCUUCCUUUGCUGACUGAGGUCAGAUCGCUUUGUGGCGAAACUGUGGAUCUGCUUCAUAAUCUCAAGCAAGAGAACCAGCAGCAGAGAGAGAAGAUUGAAUGCAUGGAAAGUUCUUUGUCCACUCUGGAGAAAGUAUUAGGGUAUGUGGGGAAUGCUUUCCGUAACUCAAAGGUAGUGGAGUUCAUCCUCAAUGGUGUGGUGCCUUGGAGGAAACAAGGCCUUCUGAACACCGUGGAGGAAGAGGUCAGUAAGAUCCUGCAAAACACAGCUGAUUUUGAACUCCAGCAGCCAGAGGUCACUGUUCCCACUGGUCCCAGCAGCCUACCUUUUCCUGAAGCCCUUACAGGUGAACACAAACCUCUGACACCUGUUAGUACAGAAGUAAGGUCCAAAGCCUUAAGAAAGGCCAAGGAGGUCACUGUGAAAAGCAGAGCACCUGCACAGGUCCAGACAUUUGCUUCUGAUAUCCAGCUGGAGGAGGAGAAUGACGUGCCAACUAAUGCUGAAUGUGUCACUGUGACAACAACUAAAGUGGAAAAAGAUUUGGCUCUUCCACAAGAGAGGGCUCUUGAACAGGCAGAUGCUUCACAGGUUGGUGAGGAGUCUUCAUUCAAGUCAGUAGUUCCUGAGCAACAAGUGGUGCCAAAGGUUGAGGUUCCUCAAAAACAGGCUGAGGUUUCUCAGGUAGAUGAUGAGGCCUCGUUGAAACGGUCAGUUCCUGGACAGCAGCAACUAGAGAAGGAUGUUCCUCAUAAACCUCUGCUCUGCACCAAAAAGCCCGUCGACGAGGUCAGUUCACAACAUAAAGAGACAGUGGAGAGUGUAACACCUGUGCCGAAACAUGAUGAGGGAAAGACAGAAUCUGAGCCAGCUAACAAGAAAAAUGAAAACAAAACCAUUGGGAAGAUUUUGGAGUCUGACGCAAUCAAGAACUGUGCGGCUACUAGUCCACAAAAAACAGCCAUUGUUGAGGGAGGAAAAGCAAAAUCGUCACCUCUUAGAAAAGCUGAGUCACAGCUAAUGAUCAUUGAUGACAGUCCACCUCUUCCAGCCCCGUUUGAGCACCGCAUUGUCAGCGCCAAGCAGGUUCCCAUGAACGCAUAUUACGCCGUCAAACCCGAUGAGGUGCUUGGCGGAGGCCGUUUUGGACAGGUGCACAAGUGUGCUGAAUUGUCGUCAGGUCUUACGCUGGCUGCUAAGAUUAUAAAAGUCCGGGGAAUGAAAGAGAGAGAUGAAGUGAAGAAUGAGAUUGGAGUAAUGAACCAGUUAAACCAUGCAAAUUUGAUUCAGCUGUAUGAUGCUUUUGAGUCUCGAACAAAUCUCACACUUAUUAUGGAAUAUGUGGAGGGUGGUGAAUUGUUUGAGCGUAUCAUUGAUGAGAAUUACCAGCUGACGGAGCUGGAUGCCAUCGUGUUUACCAGGCAGAUUUGUGAAGGGGUUCAGUACCUUCACCAGCAGUACAUUCUCCAUUUAGAUCUUAAGCCAGAAAAUAUCUUAUGUGUGAACACCACAGGGAAUCAGAUCAAGAUCAUUGACUUUGGACUCGCCAGAAAGUAUAGACCCAGAGAAAAGCUGAAGGUCAACUUUGGAACCCCAGAGUUCCUGGCACCAGAAGUUGUCAACUAUGACUUUGUGUCAUUUCCUACAGACAUGUGGAGCGUUGGUGUCAUCACAUACAUGCUUCUGAGUGGUCUUUCUCCCUUCAUGGGGGACAACGACACAGAAACAAUGAACAACAUUAUGCACGCCAACUGGGACUUUGAUGCAGAGGCAUUUGAGAACGUGUCAGAAGAAGCCAAAGACUUCAUUUCCAGCCUUCUUGUGACCGCCAAAUGCAGCCGAAUGAGUGCAUCAGGGUGCAUGAAGCAUAGUUGGCUAAAUAACCUGGAGGACAAGGCCAAGGUGUACAAAGUUUGGCUAAAGUCUCAGAUGAGGCUUCAGCGUUACCUCGCUGCUCACCGUCAGUGGAAGAAACAUUUCUAUGCGGUUGCUGCAGCAAACAGGUUGAAGAGGUUUCAGCAGAGCAGAUCAGUUAGUACUCCAAAUUAACCUCCAGUGUCAGCAGCUUGAGAGGACAUCACAACUUUACUCCACACACUGAAAAAUGAACUUGUCUGAAGAUUUGAAAUUGCUUUUUAGAAAGUGUUUAAUAUGUUCUUGCUUUGUUUAUAGCCAGUGGAAAAACAUUGUGUUAAAAAGUGUCACAUUUUCUUAAUGUACCUUGUUUGGAACACCAUUGCAUUUAAUUUACACUUCUUUAUCAUGCUUUCACACCAGGAGUGUAUGGCAUGGAUUGCAGGGCAUGCUUUUGAACCACUUGAAAAAGCUUUUUCUUCCUUCUGUGAAGGCGUUUUUCUUGGGCAUAACUGCCUUAUAUUAGUAUUUAAAAGAAGUGGUUUUCAUUCUCAUUGUUCAGUAUUUUGAGUAAAACAUACAGAGCAUGACGAUUUGAUGUAGAAACACUGUAUUUGUUCUAGAUUUCCAGUCUUUCUUUAGCCUGUUGAUUAGAACUGGAAACAAAACCUGAAUAAGAGCCUCAGCUGGCAUGGUGUUUUUAUUUUUUUAAACUUGCAUUUAAAACAUUUCACUGGUUGUUCUGGAAUAUUUGA